UACCGCUUAAGUAGACCCGAAUUAAUUUUGUAUAUAUUAAAUUUAUUAUAUUUUGUCAAUUCGGUAGUUAUCCAUAAUAAAGUUGACUUUUCGCGAACAACAAAAACGUAUAACGAAAUCCAGAAAAAUCCCGGAUUUCCCACAUUUUCAUUGUUUAGAGAUGAAAAUAAAGGGUAAAGCAAAACGCUAGACCAAUUUUAUUGAAUUUAGUUAUGCUUGCAGAACGCGGAGAAAACCCGACGCUAUCCAUCUACCUGCAUGAUCUGCUACAUAAGCCGCUCGCUUACCGAAGAUAGCGUCAGUGCAAUUCAUGCUGCAGUUAUAGUGCUCUUCACAAGCUUAAAAACUAAAUAAUAAAAUUCAAAGAAAAAAAUUCUAAAAUUAAAAAAAUGUCAACGCAGUGCCGCUUCGAACGAUGCGGGUGGUCCGGUUCUGUGAACGAUAUUUUUUCGCACUGCGAAGCCGUGCACCCGAAUUAUAUACGUGAACAUAAGGGCAAAAAUUACUAUGACUUUGAUUUCGAUGACAUCGCGACAGAUGCAUUUCUGCUCUGCGGUCCGAGUGGCAUCUACUGGUUCUGCACGUCUGAAAAUGCAAAUAAUCCGGAGGAAAUAAACCGCGGCGUCUUUCACAUAGGAGAUUCAGAGCCGAUCACUUACACCAUUAAGUUUGGACUCAAUCGUGACGGGCUUGCCGAAUACCUUGGACCAUUUACAUCGCAUAGUGCAGAGACCUCUCAAACCUACGAUGUGGAAUUGGCUUACGAUUACAUACAGUAUCUCUGUGAAGAGAUAGAUUCGCGUAAAAUGCGUUUGUAUGUUGGUGAAUUUGAUGACAGUGAAGAUGUGUUCGCGCCGACGUGGGAGGAUCUCACCUUUAACGAGGAGGAUGAGGAGUUGAAUAAAGAAUGUGUUGAGCAUUUCACAUGUGUCGUUUGUUAUGAGUACAUUAAACGCGACAUACGUUUCUGCGAGAACACACAUUAUGUGUGUCUGAAAUGUUUUGAGGGCAUGCAGGAACGCGGCAAGUUGCGUUGUCCCAUAUGUCGCACCGACUACCCAUAUGAUUGUAGUGAUCCGGAUCUGGAACGGUUUUUGCGCAUGGUCAGAUUUCCCGACUAUGUAAGACAACAACGUAGGGAUGAAGAACACGAGAAUGCAGCAGGUCCGGAAGAGAAGAGGCCACGCGUUGAAGGAUAACUUUCAGAAAGGAAAGCAUAAUCUAUGAACAAAGGAGAUGCCGUUACCUUUACCAUAUUUGUUUAUAUAUAAUUUAAAUAAUUACAUUUGA